GAGCCGACGUUGAGUGUGCUAAGAGCUCCAAUGUUUGUAAACGGUGUUGAAGUUAUCAAUACGCGGUUAGAAUCAUUUACAUUGAAAGAUCGAGAAGGAAACGAAAUGCAUUCAAAUUCUGAAAAAUCACCAAUUCCAAAGGCGAGACUGCCGCUUCUCCACCUAACACCAUCUGGCACCGAGAAAAAAGAGGCAACUCCCCCACAAAGAAUAGACAACCCCUGGCUUCUUAGAGUUCAGAAUAACAUUCCCAACACGCCCCCACCACGCGAUGACAAACCGAACAAUUUCUUCCCCCACCGAAUUGGAUAGAAAGAAUUAAUCAAAAAAUUGGUCAAAGUAAUGCAAAAUGGCAUUUUGCCAUUUUUAAAUAAGAAACACGAAAAGAGAAUUUUGACACUGGUAAAGAAAAUUUAUGAUUACGUUUGUGAUGUUCGUAAAAUCGAGGUGCUUGGAGAUUCUUUGUUUAGAUUUUAGAAGUUGUUUAGACUUUCGUUUGACAAUUAUAGUUUAUGUAAUAUUAUUUUAGAGUGACAUUAUAUAUUUAAAUGAAUUCUAAAUUCACUUUAAAUAUUUGUAAAAAGUGAUUUGUACAGUUAGUAACGUAUAUAUAUACAGUUAAAAUAAAAUGUAUAUUUAAGAAUAGCAGUUAGUUAGUAGAUUUAGUUAAUCGUAUUGUAGUUUUAAUAGAAUCUCAGUGAUAACUGUUUAUUACAAAUAAUUCAUCGUAAAGAAGACAAUAAAUAUAAUUGUA